CAGGAACACCAGGAGAGGAACCAAAUCUACUGCCGUCAGUGUAGCGUGUGUGUGUGUACCGUGUGUACCGUGAUCGGGUCGCACCGGGACCACGCUUGCAUCAGCAUCAGAGAGGCCGAAAGGGAGCUGAGGGGGAACCUGAAAGAGGAGACGGAGAAGAUGCAGGAAACAGAACAGUCUUUAAUCAGCAGAGUGACUGAGAUGACAGAGAAGAAACAGAGAUUCCAGGUGUUGCUAGGUGACGCGCGUGCGGGGGUGCUGCAGCAGUACGAGACCAUGCGUGAGGCCCUGCAGCAGGAGGAGGCCACGGCCCUGCUGUGUGUGACUCGGGAGGAGAGCAGGGCGGUGGGGGGACUGGAGGAACAGCUGGCACAGCUGCAGGAAACCCUCUCCUCCCUCCAACGGGGUCUUCGUACUCUGGAAGGGCUGGCUGACACCCGGGGCGCCGCACGCGUACAGGAACAGUCCUUCAUCAUGGAGUACAGUAAGAUAACCAAAAGUGUGUCUGAGAGCUGUUCUGUGGAGGAGCUGGAGGUUCCAGAGACGGUGGACAGAGCCAGGCUGGGAUGCCUACAGCAGUGGACUGAGAGGCGGCUGGUCUCAGUGGUCCUCUCCCUGCCUGACCGGGACCCCUUCAGGCUGCUCUAUGGCGCCAGCCCCCGUCUGGACCCGGACACAGCCCACCCCAAGCUGCUCAUCUCUGAGGAGAACAGGAAGGUGUCUUACAGCGAGGUCCAGCAGGCCUACCCGGAGCAUGGGGCUCGCUUUAGCUCCUUCCCCCAGGUCCUGGCCUCUAAACCCCUGGAGGGGGGCCGUGCGUACUGGGAGGUGGAGGUGGAGGAAGACGAGGGCAAAUGGAAGGUGGGAGUCUGCGAGGGUCAGAUCGGUCGUAAAGGUCAGAAAGACACCUGCCGUAUCGGCUUCAACCCCUAUUCUUGGUGCCUGCUGAGUGAGAAGGGGCAGAUAGAAGCCCUGCACGACAAGGUGGCUGUCCCCGUGGAGGUCGAGGGGCUGGAGAGGGUAGGGGUUUUGCUGGAUUUCGAGGAGGGUAGCCUGUCGUUCUAUAAAGUGGCACAAGGGGGCGCUCUGAUCUUGCUCCAUUGUUUUAAACAGAAGUUCAGUGAACCAUUGUAUCCUGCACUAGCCGUGUCUAAAACACAGCUCAACAUUCCUGAUCUGUUCCAGCCAGCCACUGUUAAGUCAGAAUAGUUACACGGGACACUUCAGUUCUCUAUAAAUCUUAAAGGGGCAAUCUGGGAUUCAAAUAACAACAAGCGGUCAAUCCGCCACUAUUUUGUUUUGUAAACCGCCGAUGAGUGGAGCUAGAGAAUCGAAUAGUUCCAGACAGGCUCAGUAGAAUAGUGCACAGUGAGGAAGUUAAGUUUUCUAUAGAUCAUAAAUAACAUUUUUGUGUAAGCAAUAAAAAAAAAWACGUUUUUAUACAUGUUAAUCAAAUAGAGGAUUGCAAAGAGAAAUCUCAAUGUAGAGAUAAUCUUAAAUAUUAUUAUGUAUCAUUGUUUUAAAAUGUGAUGUAAUGAGAAGCAUCAAUAGACUGAGUGGACAAAACAUUAGGAACACCUGCCCUGUCCAUGACAUAGACUGACCAGGUGAAAGCUAUGAUCCCUUA